AUGUCCUCGUCCAGCGAAGCCAGUCCUGGUAACUGGAUCGUUGGCAGCUAUACCGGUAAUAGCGAUGGGGUGCGCAUCACGAUUGCGACCUUUGUGGGCGUCGCAUGGUAUAAUGUGAUCGAGCUGAUCGUGCUCAUCUUCCUCACCUUUAAACGCUACCAAGGUCCCUACUUCUGGAGUAUGCUCGUCUCCUCCAUCGGUAUCCUUCCGUACUCGGUCGGAUACUUGAUCAAAUUCUUCGGCCUCACCACCGCCACAUGGGUCCCCGUCACGCUAUUGACCGUGGGUUGGUGGACCAUGGUCACCGGUCAGUCCUUUGUGCUAUACUCGCGCCUGCACUUGGUCCAAGAGAAUAAGCGCAUUUUGCGCAUGGUCAAGGGCAUGAUUAUCAUGAAUAUCUUCCUGCUUCAUGUCCCGACUACCGUCCUCACAUUCGCCGCAAACUUUUCCGAAUCCCCCGCCUCCGUUGCGGGGUAUGAUAUCAUGGAGAAAAUCCAACUCACCGGAUUCUUCGUCCAGGAGGUCAUCCUCUCCAGCUUUUACAUGUGGGAAACCAACCGAAUGUUAAAAGAUAAUUCGGAUCCCGGUAGUCGCAAGACUAUCUUGCAAUUACUUGCUGUCAAUGUUUCUUGUAUCCUGAUGGAUAUUGCGUUGAUGGUCAUUGAGUUUAUGAAUUUUUAUAUCUAUCAGACCACUCUGAAAGCCACGCUUUACAGCGUUAAGUUGAAGUUGGAAAUUGCUGUUUUGGGUAAAUUGGUCAAAAUUGCUCAUCAAAAUGUUUAUGUGUCGCCGUUCAAUCCGGGCCAUGGCCACUAUCCUUCUUACGUUGAUCCCGCCCUUCGCGCUGGUGACUAUAGCCAUGCGGAUUCCAUGGAGGCAAGUCGGGCCUCCAAGGGUCGGGAAACUGGACAUGAAGCGAUUGGGUUUGAUGAUGACGUCCGAUGA